GAUACUUUAUUAUUUUUUAAAUGAGUAAUAAAAUUAAACAAAUAAAGUAAAUUAAAAAAUGGAGUACUCCUUUCUUAAAUUCGUCAAUCAAAUUCGAAUAGGGGAGUGUGUUACUCUUUGAAAAAUAAGGGAGGGAGAGAAGUCGGGCUAGGGUUUCGGGGGCUGGAUUGAAGUGAGAAAGAAAUCAAAGAAUGGAAGAGGAGAGCGCAUCCCGGUUAGCUGCGAUUGAUGGUAGAGAGUUGAUUCAAGUUGACCCGGUUCAAUUGGACUUAGCUGCAGAUUUCAGUUUGAAGCGUCGCCGCCCAUCGACGUUGGACAGAGCUUAUUCAGAUCGGACGCUGAGGCUGUUAGCAACGAAGGCAUCCUUUCCAAAUGUAUCCAAAUGUGUACAACAGAACAUCAAAUUUGCGGUCUUGGAUACCUUCUUUAAGGAUACUUCUGAACUCCCCGACCCCCGUGCCAUAGGUAAGGAAUAUAAGAUCGGCUCAUAUUUUGAUACCGAACGCCCCGUUUAUUCCGAAUCGUUGCUACGUGUGCCCAAUGUGGAGGUAGGCACACAACUGAAUGUUUUAGAGUUGCUAGGGGAUACCCUCUUGGGUUUCAACCUAAAUGUUCCUAACUUUCAGCCCACCAAAUUCAGAUGUUAUGCGGGUUUGUGCGAUCCGAAUAUGGGUGCGCUUUGGGGUUUCAAACCAGGGAAGCAUAGUCAUAAUCCUCAAAGGAUUCAACCCCCCAGAUCCAGAACAGCAUGCAAAGAGAAUGUUAACAUCGAAAGCACCCUAAUUCUAAAGGGUAAAUACGUUAUGAUUUGUUGCGUGUAUGUGCCUUCGAUUUGGUGCUCAACCAAUGGACCCAAUGUUUAUCACACUGCAUUAGCUUCUCAUGAGCUCGCGAGAAGAGAUGAUUUCGUGCUGGUGGUGGUGCCAAUGAUGAGGGAAGGUUUCACUCAUUCUCGCUCUGCCUAUCUACACUUCUUGUCCGGUUUUUCCUGCUAUGCUGUUCCUUUCCAUGACUCUCGUCGACGUGAGUAUAUUUGCUCAGCACUCGGGUUUGGUGGCAAGAUCAAAGUUAUGAUUCUAGAUCCAUCUCUAGAGGUUCGUUACCAUGGCUCGCCCUGCAUGUUUCAGCAGUUCGGAGGAGCUGAGCAUGAUUGCUUUCCCUUUACUCCGGAGAGACUAAAUGUUGGUGUCAACUGUCAUUUUGUUCUGCAGGAUCUCUCCCUCAAUGAGCUUUUGGGCCUUAGCGACACUGAUGUUCUAUGCAAUAUAUCGAAGGAUGCUCGUACUACUAUUUCAGAACUUAAACAGAAGUUUGUGGGGAUUUACGUGUGCUCUGAUUUCAGAAGUUUAGAGGAGGUUCAGGAGGUUCACAAGGAGUGUAGACGGCGAAAGUAUGAGCUUGAGAUUGUGGUGGUGGGCUGUCCCUUUGAUAUGCUGUUGCCCCCAAAGUUGCACGAGGAUUUGAUCAUUGGCGCUCUUGCAAGUCUUAAGCUGCUAGGCUGGUGGUUUUAUCCCUUCAACAACACUUUAUCCCUUAGGCUCAGUCAAAUGCGUGAUCUUGCCCGUUACGAGGAAGGUCUUUUCAUAGUGGACCCUAUUGAAAAGUAUGUGGAUCCCUAUGGAUUACAAAUCAUCACUGACUUCGGCAUGGACUAUUAUCCCUUCACCAGGAGGAAUGUAGUCAAGAAGGAAUUGCAAAGGAAAAUGGGACUGAGGUUGAGCUCACUACUACUUCCAUGGGAGUAUCUUUGUCGCAAGCGUGAUUCCAGCAGCUCCAUCGUUGAGGUUUCUCUGACAGAAGUGCUUAAGAACAAGAUUGUUGUUCUUUAUCUGCACAACAAGGAGACAAAGUUUCUAGCUGAUAAAUUAGCUGCAUGGUAUGAAAAGAAUAUGAAGAGAAAGCAUUCAAAUUUUGUUGAGGUGGUUGUUGUAAGCAUAGGUGAUGGUAGUAUGGGUACUAGUGAUGAGGACUUGAUGGAUAAGGGGUGGUUUGUAUGCCGCGCUGACCCAUCCAAGUCAGCUAAACUCUGUGAUGAAUACUUCCAUCCUCUAUGUGCGCCACACGAGACUCUUGUUGCAUUUGGUGAAGAUGGCCGGAUUCAAUCUAUGGAUCCGAAUCACAUUUUGGAAUCUCAAUUUCCUCCUUUCCAUGGCAAUCUACCUGAACAGAUUGCCCGGCAAUUUGAUUGUGCUGGGUCUUUUUACAUGCGGAGAUAUGACUACAGUUUACUCUGAAGGGUUUGGUAUGCAAUUGAUUUUGGAGUUCAUGCCCAUGAUAGUUAUAUAGUUUAAUAAUUAAAGUAUCUUAUACUCUGUAUUCAGUUAGUUAGAUAGGUUUAAUAAUUUAAUUCAAUUACUGUGACUUGUGAGUUGUGACUCAUUUUUUGUUAACAACUAUUGAGUGAAUUAUAACUCUUUCAAAGGUUUUUCUUUUCCUUUCUUUACGUUGAUGUCUUUUUAUUGAACUGACAAGACUGUUACAAGUAAUUAUUAAGAAUGUAAUGAAAUUAUGUGUUCAAA